GAUGGGCCUCAUCCGGCCCCCGGGCCUUAGUUUGGGGACCCCUGGUCUAGAUGGAGUAGUUUGCUGUUUCUCUCUUAAAAAGAAUCAGCACAGCUCAUUGGACUGGAAUUAAUGGAAAUGAAUGGGCCUUAGAGCAAACCAAGCCUGAAUGCUCACUGGAACAGGCAUGGGCAAACUUUGGCCUUUCAGGUGUUUUGGACUUCAGCUCCCAGAAAUCCCCGUCAGUUUACGAGCUGUUAGGAAUUAUGGGAGUUGAAGUCCAAAACAACUGGAUGAGCACAGUUUGGGAAACACUAUUCUAGGGAAUGGCAAGAAUCUGUCCCCUCCUCUCCUCUUUGUUUCUUUAAUGGAGAAUAAACUCCAUUAAAGAAAUGGGGCCCGGGCUGUGGCGCAGGCUGGAGAGCAAGCCAGCUGCAACCAGCUGCAAUGAAUCACUCUGACCAGGAGGUCAUGAGUUCGAGGCCCGCUCGGAGCCUAGGUUUGUCUUGUCUUUGUUCUAUGUUAAAAGGCAUUGAAUGUUUGCCUAUAUGUGUAAUGUGAUCCGCCCUGAGUCCCCUUCGGGGUGAGAAGAGCGGAAUAUAAAUGCUGUAAAUAAAUAAAUUUCUGUGUUUGUAGCAGUGGAGGUGAACUGAGGACAAAGGGGGAAGGUGAGAGAAGGAGAGAAAAACUGGGACAUUUUAAAAGCAGUUGGGAAAGUGGGAUGGCAGAGGAUUAUUUGAGAUUCUGUCUGCCAAAUGAGGACAGUUGGAGGGCAAGUUUUUCACUCAGGUACAUAUUUGAAUUGUCCAGAAAACAAUAGCUGAUGGGAAAGAAGGUUUCAGCUGAAAAGCACUGAGGAGAAGAUGUGUUAAGCUCCCUCCUAUGCCCUGCUUCUCCUCUUCAAUGACAUGAUAAUGGCCAUUUUAUUUCCGACAUCUUUUCUGUGAUGAUCCUCUUCAGCAAAAGAUUCUUCUUAAGAUGGAUUUCAAAUAGUUGUGGUUCGCACAGACCGACAUUUUAGGAACCUGGGCAUGGCUCCGUUUUGUGCCAUGGAAGGCAACCCUCCUUUCCUGCCCUAAUCCAAUGCCAGCUUUGCUGUGCCACAUCUCCAUAAUUGGCAGCCGUUCUGUUUUGUGUCUGAGCAUUGCUGCCAGUGGGUGCGCAUUUGCGGUGUGUAAUGUGCUUUGGAAAAGUCAGACAAAACAUUGGGGGUGAAGCCAUGAGUAAUAGGCUGCUUUGUGGAGUGUGGAAUUUGGAGGACUCAGAAGCGGAGUGCGGUGUGUGCAGAUGUGCCGACAAAAUGGGGGUGUACACAUCCACACUUUAUGGGGCAGGUUGGAAACAUAAGAAACUACUGUAAAAGAGAUAACACUUUGCCAAAUGGCCAAAUCGGACUAGGGUUAUAAUGCUUGCCGUAGUGAAAGCUGUAUCUUUAAUGGUUUUCUAGAAGCAGGAAUGUCUGCAGAUGUUGCUUGUCAUGCUUGUAAUGAGCCGCACCUGCUGAAAUGGCCUCUUCUGUAAAAACCAUUGUAGUGUCCUCUGCAGCUUUUGGUUUGGUAGCUAAUACAACUGGUCUUCCCUCUCCAUGCGUUCUUCGUCAGUAGAUUUAAUUAACCAUAGACUGCCAAUGUUUUGGGGACAGAAAUCCAAAUUCCCAGGUUCCAAAACAUUGACUUUAUUGCUUGCCAAACACUGCAGGCAUACCUCUUUUAGCCUCCAACCAUUUCACAGAUUAUCGUUCUUUCUCCAGCACAUGGUUCUACUGGGACCUCACAAUGCUGCUCCUGAUGGUCGGCAACCUGAUCAUUAUCCCCGUCGGCAUCACCUUCUUCAAAGACGAGAACACCACACCGUGGAUCGUUUUCAACGUGGUCUCAGACACCUUCUUCCUCAUUGACCUGGUCCUCAAUUUCCGGACGGGCAUUGUGGUGGAGGACAACACAGAGAUCAUCCUUGACCCGCAGAGGAUUAAGAUGAAGUACCUCAAGAGCUGGUUUGUGGUGGAUUUUAUCUCCUCCAUCCCAGUAGACUACAUUUUUCUGAUCGUGGAGACGCGCAUUGAUUCGGAGGUUUACAAGACUGCCCGAGCUCUCCGGAUCGUCCGCUUCACCAAAAUCCUCAGCCUUUUACGUCUCCUGCGGCUAUCCAGGCUCAUACGUUACAUCCAUCAGUGGGAAGAGAUCUUCCACAUGACCUACGACUUGGCGAGUGCUGUGGUGCGGAUUGUGAACUUGAUCGGCAUGAUGCUCCUCCUGUGUCAUUGGGACGGCUGCCUCCAGUUCUUGGUGCCCAUGCUUCAGGACUUCCCCGACGACUGCUGGGUCUCAUUGAACCGUAUGGUGAAUGACUCCUGGGGGAAGCAGUAUUCCUAUGCCCUGUUCAAGGCCAUGAGCCACAUGCUCUGCAUCGGCUACGGACAGCAAGCCCCCAAGGGCAUGUCCGACGUAUGGCUCACUAUGCUGAGCAUGAUCGUGGGUGCCACCUGCUAUGCCAUGUUCAUCGGCCAUGCCACGGCCCUCAUCCAGUCCCUGGACUCCUCACGCCGACAGUAUCAGGAGAAGUACAAGCAAGUGGAGCAGUACAUGUCCUUCCACAAGCUUCCGGCGGAGAUGCGCCAGAGGAUCCACGAUUACUACGAGCACCGCUACCAAGGCAAGAUGUUUGAUGAGGAGAGCAUCCUGGGAGAGCUGAGCGAACCCUUGAGAGAGGAGAUCAUCAACUUCAACUGCCGGAAGCUUGUGGCCUCCAUGCCUCUGUUUGCAAAUGCAGACCCCAAUUUUGUCACAUCCAUGCUGACUAAGCUGCGUUUUGAGGUGUUCCAACCCGCCGACUACAUCAUCCGGGAAGGGACGAUUGGGAAGAAGAUGUAUUUCAUCCAGCACGGGGUGGUCAGCGUGCUCACCAAAGGCAACAAGGAGACCAAGCUGGCAGAUGGCUCCUACUUUGGAGAAAUCUGCCUGCUGACUCGAGGGCGGCGCACGGCAAGCGUGAGAGCCGACACUUACUGCCGCCUCUAUUCCCUCUCGGUGGACAACUUUAAUGAGGUGCUGGAGGAGUAUCCCAUGAUGAGAAGGGCAUUUGAGACGGUGGCACUGGACAGACUGGACAGAAUAGGAAAGAAGAACUCUAUCCUGCUACAUAAAGUCCAGCAUGAUCUCAACUCGGGGGUCUUCAACUACCAAGAGAACGAGAUCAUCCAACAAAUUGUGCAGCACGACCGAGAGAUGGCCCACUGUGCACAUAAUGUGCAAGCGGCAGCGGCAGCAGCUGCGGCAGCAUCUGCCCCAACGCCCGUUAUCUGGACGCCCCUCAUCCAAGCCCCUUUGCAAGCUGCAGCAGCCACCACCUCCGUAGCAAUUGCUUUGACCCACCACCCUCGCCUCCCUACUGCCAUUUUCCGCCCUCCGGUCUCCGUGUUGGGUUCUCUGGGGCAAGCGCAGAACCAGACUCCAAGGCACCUGAGGAGGUUCCACUCCUUGGUGUCAUCUGGUGGACCCUCCGCCAUGGGUUCCCCUUUGAGCACGCCAUCCCAGCAGCACACGCCGGGAGCUGAAACCCUUUCAUCCUCCUCUUUCCAGAUCCAGCAGUUGGCGGGGUUUACUGCCUCCGCUGGCUUAGGUCAAUUUCACCGGGCCUCGGCUGGUUCCCCCUCCGCUAGCUCAGCCCAGCAACCCGUGGGAAGUCCAUCCUCAGUCGGACUGAGCCAGUCACAGCUGGGGCCUUCAGAUCCACCAGAAGGGAGUGCUCCACAGCAGGCCUUUGACAACAACCUGUCCAGUGGCUUUGGCCCCUUCCAGAAGGCUCCCACUAGUCCCCCCUCGGCCAGCGCUGCGCCCUUUCCCCAGCAAUCUUCCAAUUCACCCAGUAGCCCCCUCCGCCAUUUGCAGCCCACGUGCCGGCCUCUCCAAGUGGGACAGGCCCAGCAGGCCUCAAGAACUGGAGGGCUUGCAGGGAUGAGCCCUUUACCGUUACCUCCCUCAUCCAGCUCUCCCUCUUCUAGCUUAAGCCAGCUGGCACAGGCCUCUGGAAGCCCCCCUUCGGCCUUGUGUCAAACCCAGCCAAGUGCAUUAGGACUUUCAGCUGCGCCUGCAAUGGUUGCUCAGUUGCACCAGGAACGGUCGCCCUUUGCUGCCUCUACGUCUCCGUUGAAACAGCCCGUGGUCGCCCCUCCUUCAUACCCACCUUCAGGCCUUAGCCCUCCCCAUCACAGCCCUGCCCCCAGGACUUUCCAGUGCAGCCCUCCGGGGUCACUGGGCUCCCACGGAUCCCUGCUGAUGCCUCAGGCCUCCAGCCCACCUCGGCAGGGUCUCCAGCCCAGGAGCAGCCCCCCGCUUCCACCAGGACGAUUGACCCAGGACCUCAAGCUGAUUUCUGCUUCCCAACCCUCUCUACCCCACGAAGCGGCUCUGACUUUAAGCCAUGGCUCUCUUCACUCCUCCCGAGAGUCUGUUUCUAGUUUCUCAUCUUUCUCUGGAGGAGGAGGAAGAGGAGGAGGAUGGACCAUACCUCUAGGGAAGCCAUAUAGCUCUGUGCCAGGGCGAGUGACUCUACCACGCCAGAUGUCCUCAGGUUCUCUGCCUCAUCCGCCUACGUUUGAGGCCACAUGCGCCAUUUCCCCAUCUCUGACUGCUGCCGAUGGGAGGAAAGGGUCCAUAGGGCUGACUGGGGAACGGGAAUCCGUCCGAUCCAAACUUCCCUCUAAUUUGUGAGCUCUACUCCUCUCCUCCUGUUUCACCCCAUUGCCCAGAGGAGGCACUUGAUUUCAUGCGGAUCCCAAGAGACUCCAUCUUCUUCUUUGCUUUUCUUCGAGUUAAAGCUAUGAUUAGAAGUUUGUUUGAUUUGUUUUGUUUUUUUUUAAAAAAAGCUAAGAACAACAACAAAAAAGAUAACCAGGUAUUCUUAGAGUUAUAGAUUUUCAGUCACUUUCUUUUAUAGAGUAUUUUACUACAUGGAACAAAAGACUCGAACGGGGAAUGCAAUCAAUAUGCAGUAAUAACCCAGAGACGAGAGGUAUAAUCGGUAUGAAUGAUCAGGCAUGGGGAAUGACCGCACGAGUGCGCUGUGGAAAGACAGACAGAUCCCGCAUUGAUACAGGUCAGGGCCAAGGAUCCAUUUGAGGAGGUUAGUUCGAUAUCUUCUUGAAAAUAUCACCAUCAAAUGUUUAAUCACCCAAUUUCUGACUAGACAUUUAGAGGGAUAGACAUGGGCUUCAAACCUAGAUGUAUAAAACAAAAGCAUUUCCCCCCCUAAUUCAGUCAACUAUUUAAGUAACUCUAGCCAAUCAAUAGCCGAAUUCAAAACUACUUUCAGACUCUUUCCUGUGAAAUUUGAAAAAUACAGUGGCAAACUGCUAACUAUAAUACCAAAAUACAUAUCUCAGACAUCCCAACAGUGAAGAUGGCACUACAGUAUAACUCCUGUAUCCACAGGGGUUACGUUCCCAAACUUCACAUGAAUAAUAGCAAUUCCUAUUGAAAUGAAAGACUUCUGGCCUUGAAAAUACCAUAGAUUCAUGCUGGAAGACCUAUAAAUACCUAGUGAGAACAACUAGAUGUGGAUAAAUUCAAUUGUGAAUACCAAUCCUGUGGAUACAGGGGUCAUAUUGCAUAUGCCAAAUGGAGACCCAAAAUUCUUGGAAGACUUAGUUUGAUCAUGCAGCUAUUGAGACCACAGUUUGAAUGCAAAGAUGAGAACAGACAGCUUUUCAAAUUCUUUCCCCUAAGUGUUGUUCUGCCCAAAACUAUUCCCCCUGGAAGAUGAAAAUUAACUUAAGGGCUGGUUUUCACAGUAGCCAAAUACAUCUUUGAGAACGACACCCUUCACCUGCAAAAAACAAUGGCUGGAAUCCUGUUGGGGCAUUGCAUGUUCCUAAGUGGACUUCCAUCUGUGAGAAUUAGAACGAUGCAGUUUAACAAUGUCUGUAUCCAGUGGAGGGCUGAUGUUACCUUAUUAUAUAAUGUAACAGUUAUAUACUGCAUUGCUAUAUUAUUAGAUAGCGUAACAUCAGAAGGAUAUGUGUUGGUGCCCAAUGCAUAAUGGGACUGCUGUCUGCGGAUUUCAAUGUGCAUUACGCAAAUCCCAACAAGCACUGGACACCAAUCCACAUGGGAUGCUCUUGAUAGCAUCAUUGUAUGCAUCUGCACAAUUCAGGAACUAGAUUUCUUGGAACCAAUGGCACUUUUUAAAGUAGAUACUAAUUUACUUUGCAUAGAAGAUCAUAUACAAUUCCAGCCAUUUUGGGUCCAGGAGAAUAGUUUGUUUUGUAGGAGUUCACUUUCUGAUGAGUUUCUAUUUUUUAAAAAGACCAGUGUCUGAAUUUAAAAUGGCCUAAAUGGUUGGAAAUGUGCCAUUUGAGGCAAAAAUUAAAUAUAACUUUUGCCAUCUUGAUAUCUCUCUGGUGUUAUGUCCCACUAUGAAUAUUGAAGGAUGCUGGAUGGACAUUGGGAGGGAGAUAGCACUUUAGUCAAGUUAAUUAGGAUUGUUGUUGUGUGCCUUCAAAUUGUUUCAGGCUCUAUCACCGCGUUUUUUGUCAGGAUUUAUUCAAAGGAGAUUUGCCUUUGUCUUUAUCUGAGACCGAGAGAGAGUGAGUUGGCUAAAGUCUUCCUUCCAGAGCGAAGGAAUGGGGGAAGCCUUAAAAUGUUGGCAGGGGUGGAUAAAUUCCCUUAGUGAGCUGUAUUUAGCCUGUGGGUUGUGAUUUGAGGACCCCUGCCCUACACCAUCAUAUCAUUCUUUUCCCAGUUGAAUUCUGAACUAUUUUGGAAAGCUGCCAUUUUAAGUGGCUUGUGUAAAAAAGCUGGAGGAGCAAAGGGGGCCCUAUCGUUGGCUGCCUUGUCAAAGUAAAGGUACCCCAAUUACCUAAAAGUGCUGUGCUUUCUGGUGAAGAUUUUUCAGAAAGUGUGUAUUCUUUGCAUGCCUCACUUGGUAUAGGAAGGGCCAGUGAAAGUGGAACUAGAUGAUGCCCUCCUGAUUGUCAAAUAUAUAUAUAUCCAACAUGAUUUCCAUGCAACUAUGGCAUAAGAGGAAAGGGAUUAAGGAGCCUUCUGCACCAGGCACCACUACUCAGCUUCCACUUCCAGCCUCAGCCACUGCAGUGUGUCUAAUAUCUCUGUGUUUUAAAGCCAGCUAAUAAUAACAGAAAUGAAUCUAGUUCCAUCUAGUGGUCAAAUCACCACCAGGAUUUUAAGCUAACAACACUUCCAUUUUUUCUGGGGUUGGGAAUCCAUCCUUCAACAGGGUGAAACCUGAAAAUGGGUAGAAUGUACAACUGCAGUCACAAUUGUGUAACCUACAGUCAAGCCUUCAUAUUAGCAUUCGUAUUCAUGAUCCAAAAGCCUUGGGUUUUUCCUAAGCUCUGCCUGGAUAAAAACAAAAUCCUUCAAGGUCCUUCUUUUAUAUCCCUUAUAUCUUAAUGUUGCAAGAGUUUUCUGCCAUUAUCAGGAACUGCUGACAUCUUAGCAGCAGAGAGGAAAUGCAGGCAAAGCUCAGUCAAAAAUGGCAAGAUGGUUUGCUAGUGGUUCUGCUCUUGAGUGGAAGAAUGAGUAGCAAAUAUACUCAGUGCAAAAGAGUAGUUGAACCUUCACCUUUGGGUCAUAUUCUUGCAUCAAUCACAGAACCUCUGAUCCUCCACAUGCAAAAAACCUAAUUUUAUUAUUCCACAACUGAAUUAUUACAGCAAUGAAACCUGUCCUGUCAUGAUACGCAUUUCUGUACCUCUUUUGAAAAGGAAUUAGAAAUCGGACAUUGACUGUGUAUGAGCAAUAAACCUCCUGAAAUUCUCCCCUCCCGUUGCCCAGAUGAGAUCCGGUGUGUUCAUUUAAGCUACAUAUUGAUUAAGCAAGUCAUACUCUCUCAGCCUCAGAGGAAGGUGAUCGUAAACUUCUUUGGAACGAAUCUUGCCAAUAAAACCCAACAGGUCAGAAAUAACAUGAGGGUGCACAAUUGCAACAGAUAUGGGUGGUCUAUUAAGUGGUCCAAAUCCAUAUUUUGACUCUUUCAUUUGGAUCCCACAAUCCAAGAUUCUUCUAUUCAUCAGGAGCAAGAAAGGAGGCAAUAAUGCUGAUGCCAAAACUUAAAAGAAUAACAAGGCUGAAUCUCCCUGUUCCUUGGGGCUUUCUCCGAAUCGCUAUCAGUAUGCUUAAUUAUGUAACAAAAGUCCCGCAUAAAAUAGCAAAAAAACAAACAAACCCCUAAACACCAAACCUCUGACAUGUGCCUGUUGCCUCCAAGGGUUGGCCCCAAGACUCUAGUCAAGCUGCUUGGGCUUGCUCUGCUUCGCUGGGUUGGAACUAAGCUGUAAUUCAUGCUUCUGUCUUCCGUAAAGGUUCAAGGGUAUUCUAGGGGGGAAACAAACAAGCAACCUUUUUGUACUGAAAAUAAUACUACCGCUACAUGGAUGUGUGCAUAUGGAUGUGUACGCAUCUGCAAAGGAGCGUCUCCCACAUCCCUGUACGCACUACAUGCACAUCAUAGAAAUAUAGUUAUAUAUUCUAGUAUUAAAAUAGAUGCCAAUAUUGACCUUCCCUGAAGGAGUCCAUAGGCAGUUCCAGGAAGUUCUCAUUACUAAGUUCAGGUAGAAAACAACAAAACCAGUUCAAUGUGGCUACUUCAGGUCAAAAUGUGUGAUGUACUGGUUAGCACCAAGUUUGGGAACACGUGGCUCUCCAGAUGUCAAGCGACUACUAGUCCCAUCCUUCACUGAUCUGUGAAAGAUGCGUCUAGUCAUUUUUCUAUCUAAUUCCCCAAUGUGGGAAUUAUAUAGCAUUCAACCAUAUCUGGAGGGCCACAGCUUCUGGAUGAGAAACUUGUGAUGGUCUCCAUCCAAAUCCCCCUUUGGCCAUAAAAGCUACUGGGCUGCUCCAAGGCAACAAGUCUCUUUCUUAUUUGAACCUACCUCACAGGGUUGUUGUGAGGACAAUUGGGAAAACCUGUCACAUUUUACCCUAAGGAGGAAGGCUGGGAUAAAAAUAAGUAAGGAUAACAACUCUGCUCCUCAGGGUUAUUUUGGGUAGCAGUGGUUUCCUUGGCAUAAUGUCCCUAACCAACUUCAGUGUGUAGAUUCAAAGAUGGACAGACAUGCACCUACAUGCUCUACUUUCCAAACUGGGUAAGAGAAAUAUUUGCAACAUAUUAAGAUGAAAAAGUAGAAAUCUGUCACCCCAAAUAUGAGUCAUAAAUGAAUGUUUCUCCCUUUUUUUUGGUAAUAAAAGAUGAUGGUGCCUCAUUUGAAUCCAAGACUGCCACUAUGGAAGCAAAGAACAAAGUGUUGGAAGCAAAUGGGUGCUGGAGGUCCCUUUUAUCCCCUGAUCACUUAUUUUCCCAGGUGACACUCCUGAAACUAUUAGAGAAUGUUUCUGAUUGGAUCUGGAUUCUCUGGCAUGGUGCGAACAGGAAAGGUGUUGGGAAUUCUGUAUUGUGCUGGAGCGGGUACUAGAUCAAUCACAGCGGAUGCCCCCAACUAGUGAAAACAUCAAGGGGCUUGGGCUUUUUUUGGGAGUGCUUGGGCAGGGUGAAGGGCUGGGGGUUUGAAAUAUAAAAAAAACAGAUGUAAUAAAGGAAAAUCUUAGUAAAAUAA